AAUUAGAAACCCUCAUUCCAUACGACCCAGAGCAAUAACUCUUACAACUUUAUUUGCUAAAAAUCUACAUCAAACUGUCAUGGGGCUUUGUAUAUAAAUGGGAAAUUAGUUAGUGUUUCCGUAAUACCCGACCUAACCAACCAACUAGGAUUCGAAUAGUACAAACAUAACUUUUUGAUGUGGAAAACAUGGAAGUAACAAAGUCCUAUGUACCAUGUGACAGAUAUCUUCCUACAAAGAGCAACAGAGAGACAUGGGCACUAGAAAAGGACAUCCGUACCUUAAUUCUGAAGGUAGUAAAAGAAAGAAAGGAAGCCGGGUUCGAAAAGGACUUAUUGCAAAUGCUUCUUGAAGGGGCAAAAAACAGUGAAUUAAGCCCAGAUGUUCUUGAUCGAUUCAUUGUUGAUAACUGUAAAAACAUUUACUUGGCUGGAUAUGAGACUACUGCUGUUUCAGCUACAUGGUGUCUCAUGCUUUUGGCCUCGAAUCCGGUGUGGCAGGAACGAGCUCGAGCAGAGGUUGUCGAAAUUUGCAAGGGCCAAAUCCCGGAUUCUGAUAUGAUCCGAAAGAUGAAACUGCUAACAAUGGUGAUCAAUGAAUCAUUACGCCUUUACCCUCCAGUGGCAGUUGUCUCAAGAGAAGCUUUCAAGGACAUGAAAUUUGGCAACAUUAAUGUUCCCAAAGGAGUAAAUGUCUGGACCUUUGUCUUGACACUACAUACGAAUCCAGAAAUAUGGGGCCCCGACUCGUACGAUUUCAACCCGGAUAGGUUUGUAAAUGGGAUCACAGGUGCAUGCAAACUUCCACAUUUGUACAUGCCAUUUGGGGUUGGCCCUAGGGUUUGUUUGGGACAGAAUUUGGCAUUGGUUGAACUCAAAGUGCUUAUUGCUCUAAUUUUGUCCAACUUCAGCUUCAGUCUUUCACCAACUUAUAUUCACUCUCCUGCUUUGAGUUUGGUGAUAGAGCCUGGCAAUGGUGUUAACUUAUAUUUGAAGAAGUUGUAAAAGUACUUAGUUCUAUAGGAAUUACCGUGUUCAAGAUGUUGUGCAAUACAAAAGUAGUUCGUUCUGUUCCUCAUCGAAGAGAUUGAAAAUUUGCAUCAUUGUUCAUUAAUCUUUAUAAUAAGCAAGUUAGUCUUCUACAUUUCAUUGA